AUGGGAAAGUCGUCUUAUAGUAUUGAGGAUGUGUAUAAAGAAAUUAUUACGAUCGAUGGUGCUGUUGGUGUGGAGCACGGUGGAUCAGUUGAAUAUGUUAAAGCACCAAUCUCAGUAUAUUGUCCUUACAAUAGUACCUUUAAAAGUAAUUUUUGUAAUAAUUAUUUUGAAAAGGCUAGUUGUGGUGUUAUUUAUUUGCUAACAAAUUUAAAGUAUAAGAAUGUUUUAGAUUAUGAUAAACUUGCCGAAUACGCUAUUUUAUGGUUAAGUUAUAAACUAAAUCAAAAUCCAGAAUAUAAUGGCAAGAAAUUAAAUCAUUUUUAUACUAAAUAUAUAGAAAAAAAUAAUGAUUAUAAUAAGAAAAAAUAUGGUGAUAAUAGUCUGAGUUAUAAGGAUAUUAUGGAUAAAAAAAAAGAUUUGAUGGAUAUAAAAAUUAAAGAAAUAUCUAAUUAUUAUGAAGCAUUAAAAACCUUAUGUAACAUGUAUAGUGAAUGUAAUAAAACCGUGUUAGAUUGCAAUAAUUGUUCGAAAAAAGCUAAUGAAUUUGUUCAAAAUUUUGAAAAACUCAAUAAAGAUUCUAAUAUUAAUGAAAAUACUUCAUACAUCAAAUUAUUGUCUACAUUAUCAAAUGACUAUUAUAAUUUAAAAAAGGUAUGUGAAAAUGAUUCAUCUAACAAUUUUCCAACCCUUUCGCCGGUAAAAACGCCACCAAACAAAUUACUUCCAGCUUUAUCGGCAUUUUCUGUAAUACCAGUUUUCUUGGGAAUUGCUUAUAAGUAUUCAUUAUUUGGAAUUGAUAAACUAUUUCAAAGACAAUAUAUAAGAAAAAAAUUAAAAAAUAUAAAGAAGAAAAUGAAACUUAAUAUAUGA